GGCCCGCCGCGGGCGCGAUGAGCCAGGGUGGCGGCGCCGCCGGCGAGAGCGGAGAGCCGGAGGCCAAGGUGCUGCACACCAAGCGGCUGUACCGGGCAGUGGUUGAGGCCGUGCACCGGCUGGAUCUCAUCCUUGGCAAUAAGGCAGCUUAUCAGGACGUGUUCAAACCAGAGAACAUCAGCCUGAGGAACAAGCUGCGUGAGCUGUGUGUGAAGCUGAUGUUCCUACAUCCUGUGGAUUAUGGAAGAAAAGCAGAAGAACUGCUCUGGAGAAAGGUUUACUAUGAAGUUAUCCAGCUCAUUAAAACAAAUAAAAAGCACAUCCACAGCCGCAGCACCCUGGAGUGUGCCUACAGGACUCACCUGGUGGCUGGCAUAGGAUUUUACCAGCACCUCCUGCUCUACAUCCAGUCUCACUAUCAGCUGGAGCUGCAGUGCUGCAUUGACUGGACACAUGUGACAGACCCUCUCAUAGGCUGCAAGAAACCUGUGUCUGCAUCAGAGAAGGAGAUGGAGUGGGCACAGAUGGCCUGUCACCGAUGUCUGGUUUAUCUGGGAGAUCUAGCUCGCUAUCAGAAUGAGCUGGCAGGCGUGGACACGGAGUUGCUGGCUGAGCGAUUUUACUAUCAAGCCCUUUCUGUUGCACCACAGAUUGGAAUGCCCUUCAACCAACUGGGGACAUUGGCAGGGAGCAAAUACUACAAUGUGGAAGCGACCUACUGCUACUUACGCUGCAUCCAGUCUGAAGUGUCCUUCGAAGGUGCCUAUGGGAACCUGAAGCGGCUCUAUGACAAAGCAGCCAAGAUGUAUCAUCAGCUGAAGAAAUGUGAAACCAGGAAGUUGUCUCCAAGCAAGAAAAGAGGAAAAGACAUUAAGAGGUUGCUGGUGAGCUUCAUGUACCUGCAGAGUCUUUUGCAGCCAAAGAGCAGCUCUUUGGAUUCUGAGCUGACAUCUCUCUGCCAGUCUGUGCUGGAGGAUUUCAACCUGUGCUUGUUCUACCUGCCCUCUCCUCCUAACCUGAGCUCAACUAGUGAAGAUGAAGAAGAGUAUGAGAGUGGUUACUCUUUCCUCCCUGACCUCCUGAUCUUUCGCAUGGUGAUCAUCUGCCUUAUGAGCGUUCACAGCCUCAAGAGGGCAGGUUCCAAGCAGUACAGUGCAGCCAUUGCCUUCACACUGGCCCUCUUCUCUCACCUGAUCAAUCACGUCAAUAUUCGCCUCCAGGCUGAGCUAGAAGAAGGGGAAAAUCCUGUCCCAGCCUUUCAGAGUGAUGGCACAGAUGAUCAGGAGCCACGGGAGCCUGUGAACUCAAUUGAGAAGGAAGCUGAAGCUGAGUUGGCCAAUCAUCAGCCUAGUGAGGAGCAGCAGAAGAAUGACUGCAAGAAAAGCAAAAAAUACUCUCGUCUCUCCUGUCUGCGCCGCCGCCGCCACCCCCAGAAGGCGGAUGAGAGCGACCUGAGUGAGGGCUUUGACUCUGACUCCAGCCAGAGCUCCAUCAAGGGCAGUGAUGGCUCAGAGAGUGGUUCAGAGAAGAGUGAUGAGGAAGCAGAAGCUGCUUUUGAUGUGGAGACAGACUCUGACAUGAACAGCCAAGAAUCUCGGUCUGACUUGGAGGACAUGGAGGAUGAGCCGGGUGAGGAGGGAAGCGGCCAAGGCAAAAGUGGGCCCAAAGAGGCCUUAAAAAACUGUGUGGAUGGCAGUGGGCUGGGGGACUCCAAGAGCUCAAGCAUCUCUAAAACUGAGGCUGUGGAUCCAGCAGUGAAUGGGCCAGCUUCCCUGAGCACUAAUGAUGCAAGCAUAGCCAGUAAUCUCCAGGCCAUGUCCACCCAGCUGUUCCAGACCAAACGCUGCUUUCGCCUGGCUCCCACCUUCAGCAACAUCCUCCUGAAACCCAACAGUGACCCAGCUGCCUUGAAGGAUGGGAUAGAGAGCAAGCCAUGUGUCAAUGGAGAUCUGGAGAAGCCCAGCUUGGCUGAGCAAGAUGAUGUGUCUGACUCUGAAGAAAGCAUUUCAAGUAACAAAUCCUGCAGAAAUGAGCGAUCCCUUCAGGAGAAGUUGGAGAUUGUGACCAAUGAAGGGUUGCUCCUUACUGUCAAGGUGUUCCUGGACUGGCUGAGGACAAACACAGACCUCAUCAUUAUGUGUGCUCAGAGCUCUCAGAGCCUGUGGAACAGGCUGUCUGUGCUCCUGAACCUUCUGCCUUCUGCUGCAGACCUGCAGGAAUCAGGGCUGGCCCUGUGUGAUGAAGUCAAAGACAUCCUGAGUGAUGCUGAGCUCCCAGACCUGAAGUCCAACCUGCUGCUCCCUGAAGACGUGGCCCUGCGCAAUCUCCCCCCUCUGAAAAAUGCACACAAGAGGUUUAACUUCGAGCAGGACCGGCCCAUUUUCUCUGCAGUUGAGGAGUCCGUCGUGCGGAUCUGCUGCAUUCGGAGCUUCGGCCACUUCAUUACCCACUUGCAAGGCAGCAUCCUGCAGUUCAACUCAGAGCUUGGGAUCUUCAUCAGCAUAGCACAGUCAGAGCAAGACAACUUGCUGCACCAGGCCCAGGCCCAGUUUCACAUGGCUGCAGAGGAGGCUCGUCGGAACAGGCUCAUGAGAGACAUGGCUCAGCUUCGACUGCAGCUGGAAGUGUCUCAGCUGGAGGGAAGUCUCCAGCAGCCCAAGGCACAGUCAGCCAUGUCUCCUUACCUUGUUCCUGACACCCAGGCCCUCUGCCAGCACCUGGCUCUUGUCAAGCAGCUGGCUGCAAGUGGGAGGUUCAUAAUCAUCAUCCCUCGAACAGUUAUCGAUGGCCUAGACUUCCUGAAAAAGGAGAAUGCUGGUGCUAGGGACAGCAUUCGGUAUCUGGAGGCAGAAUUUAAAAAGGGAAACAGGUACAUUCGUUGCCAGAAAGAUGUUGGGAAGAGCUUUGAGAGGCAUAAAUUGAAGAGACAAGAUUUAGAUGCCUGGAAUCUCUAUAAAAUACUGGACAGCUGCAAACAACUGACAGUGUCCCAGGGCAGUGGAGAGGACGACACCACGGGAAUGGUCACCAUCAUCACAGGCUUCCAGCUGGAGGACCCGAGCUCCUUCUCGGUGCCCAUGCAGUCUGCCAUCCAGGCGGCCUCCAACGCCAGCAUAGAGAUAAAAAAUGUUCUGGAGUUCUACAAGCAGUGGAAAGAGAUGGGCUGAUGGUUAGAAAGGCAUCGGGUUGGUGAACCUUUCUCUCCCCCUCUCGCAACGUGCAGCGUCUGAACGAAGGAAACAACAAUCUGGGCGACACUUAAGACACGAAGAAGCAGCAGCAGCAGCAACAAAAAUACCUACCCAAACGAAUUUAAAAAACAAAACAAAAAAAAAUCCAAUGUGGGCACGCACACUGAUACCCUCCACCUGCAUCCUGACCAGACGGCUGUACAGCUCUGAUGGCGCCAACUGCUCUGAGAGAGGCCCCUCGGGAUGGCCGGGGCAGAGCUCUGCCCUUCUCCCAGUCGGCAGAGAUGGGCGAGAGACGGGCAGUCCUUCAACCCCCUCCUUCCUCCCAAAGCUUGCUUGGCCAGCAGAAGCAGGCUGGUGGUUCAAAGCAUGGACUUAACCUCAGCAAAACCAAACCAGUGUGGCAGAAACGGAACCCUCCGGCUUGGGAAAGAAGAUCCAAAGAGUGUUUUGCUCUUGUUUGGCAAUCUGGGGACAGGAAAGUGGAUAGUAUUUCCUCCCCCCACCUCCCCAGCUUUUGAAUUAAUUAUUUUUUCAAGGGUUUUUUUCCUUUUAAUUUUUAGUUUUUAUA